ACCCAAAAAUCGAUUGCAGGUUUCCGGCGAGGAAAAAGAUGAUAAGAUGGAGUUUCUACUCUCUGUUUUUAAACUACAACUAUCCUUGUGUUGGCCAGGAGCCAGAGAAGGAUUUGAAGUUUCCUAUUUAUUCGAGCUUAGUUGCGAAUCCGGUGGGAGAGGUUGCUAUUUCUUCAGAGCAGAAGGUUUAUGAUGUUGUUUUGAAGCAGGCGGCUCUUGUGGAGCAGCAGCUGAGGAAGAAGAACACUCUGGAAGUGAAGACGGACAUGUUGGUUCCCGGCACACCUUACUUGUUGAAGGAAGCUUACGAUCGAUGUGGGCAAGUCUGUGCAGAAUAUGCCAAGACCUUUUACUUGGGAACGCUGCUUAUGACACCGGAGAGGAGACGAGCAAUCUGGGCAAUCUAUGUAUGGUGCCGGAGAACGGAUGAGCUUGUGGAUGGUCCCAAUGCUUCACAUAUCACUCCAUCCGCCCUCGAUCGUUGGGAGGCAAGACUGGAGGAUCUGUUCGAUGGACGACCAUAUGACAUGCUUGAUGCCGCCCUCUCCGACACUGUUGCUAACUACCCUGUCGACAUCCAGCCAUUCAAGGACAUGAUUGAAGGAAUGAGAUUGGAUUUGAAGAAAUCAAGAUACAAUAAUUUUGAUGAGCUAUAUCUCUAUUGCUACUAUGUUGCUGGCACUGUAGGAUUGAUGAGUGUUCCAGUGAUGGGCAUUGAUCCAGAAUCUCAUGCUACAACAGAAAGUGUCUACAACGCUGCAUUGGCUCUAGGAAUUGCAAACCAGCUUACAAACAUCCUCAGGGACGUGGGUGAGGAUGCAACAAGAGGAAGGGUGUAUCUUCCACAGGAUGAGCUUGUCCAGGCUGGGCUUUCAGAUGACGAUAUAUUUAAUGGGAAGGUAACUGAUAGAUGGGGAGAUUUCAUGAAAAAUCAAAUUGCAAGGGCACGGAUGUUCUUCCAAGAAGCAGAGAAGGGGGUCGCAGAGCUUAGUCAAGCUAGUAGGUGGCCGGUGAUGGCUUCGUUACUUCUCUACCGGCAGAUACUGGACGAGAUUGAAGCAAAUGGUUACGACAAUUUCGCAAAAAGGGCAUAUGUGAGCAAAGCAAAGAAGUUGAUAGCACUGCCAAUAGCUUAUGGAAGGUCUAUCCUGAGGCCAUCACGGAAGAAGCCAGCUAUUGUAAAACCAUGAAUUUUUUUCUAAAUUGUUUCAUACAACCUUAAGAGUAUGUAAUACAUAAUUGGUACAUAUGUAUCUGCAUUUAGGUUGCUCAUAUCAUAGUGAUAUGCUUUGUAGUUCGUAAAUUAGCAGCCAAAAAAAAAAAAGUUGCAUAAGAUAAAGUGAUAUAAAUUAGUUG